GAGAACCGAAAAAAGUUAAAAGUCGGCGUAGAACCCUCACCUAGCAAUUUCGUAGAACCCGAGCCAACAAUAAAAAAAAUAGAACCCGCGAAUGUAGAACCCGUAGAACCCCGCCAAACUUUUUUUGAUGUAGAACCCUUAAAAAGCGUAGAACCCGAAAAUAUUAUACCAGAGCCAAAA